AUGAGCGAACAACAAAAAUUUAACGUUAAAAAUGAAUUAACAAACCUCGAACGUGAGGCUAUGUUCCAAGUUGCGCGAUUCCUUCAAAAAUUCCCGCAAACACAAAGGGCACAUCAGGCCUUGGUAAAAGAUCUGACAGACCAUCCAGAGUUGCUUCCCCUUAGAACUGAUUUCGAAGGAAAUACUCACUUGCAAACCUACGAUGAGCUGGUCCGUUUACCAUGUCGCCCGUUAAACGUCGGCAAAAUAAGAGAAAAUUUAUACCAGUCCGAAACGUCAAAAUGUCCGGAAAUUGAUGCUCGACGGGCAAAGCUAGGCCUAGCACAGCAUGCGCCAUCAAGAUUGCUUGCUGGCCUUGGAAGCGAUGAUCGACUCGCUAAAGUUUGGUGUACGGGUACUGGUAUCCUGUUGAGAUCCCUCCAGGGACAUAGGUCAGUGAUUUCGGACAUGGCCAUCAGCAAAGAUGGUUACCUAUUAGCAACGGCGUCGGAGGAUACUACAGUUUUGGUUUGGGACCUGGAGAAAUAUCAAGUCGUUAAUUGUUUGAGAAUGGAUGACGCGGUCACAUCCAUUGCGUUUUCUCCAAGUCCGUUGAUCGAGAACAGGUAUAUUGUUACCACUUCCGAUAACUGGUACACGUGGAUCGCAAAAUAUGAACGAAUCCAAGGCACUACUUCCUUUGGCGAGUUAAAUAAGAUCAAGCCCAUUAACGCUGUCGGCAGAGUACGAAUGAAGUGUUCUGCAUUCAAUCACACUGGUUCACUUUUCGCCGUCUCAGGGACAGACGGUUUAAUUCGAGUCUUCUCAACGAUCGCCCUUGAAGAUUGUAAGGUUACCGAAGAGAAAAAAGAAGGGAGCGGUGAUACUAAUGUUUUAGAAAGCGGUGAAAAAGGUAGAUCAGAUGAAGAUGAAGAAGAAAUCGACAUUCUGGACGUUGAGAAAUCAUUAUUUACUGGCUCUCCCAGAUAUACCGAGUCAAAUAUCAUCGAAUCUCCUAUAAAUGUCGGAUCUACAAAGAUUUCAGCCUCACCGAUAAUACCUUAUGGUCCAAGUUCACCAUUACAUAAUAAUACUGCAGACAUUGACAGUGAUGAGGAUGCAUAUAGUGUUGGCAGUAGUUUCAGUUUUGGUCCGAUGUCACCACCAUCUAAUGAACAACAAAACAACAUACCGUCACAAAACAUUGUUAUUUCGCAGGCUCAUACACCAGAUCGUUCUCAAGUUCGCUCUCAGGCGCUUCAACCCAUUCAGACAAAAACACAGCAGAUAGAAGAAAAGAGGCGUUCAGUAAAAAAAGCGGAGAAGGACAAUAAAAGUUCUACAAAUCAUGAGAUUUCGAAUCCGAAUGCGGGACAAACCGAUAAAAAAGACAAUAAAAAGAAUGACGUUUCCAAAUUAUUCGGUCCUUUUCAUAUAUCAGAUUUGGAUGGUCACUUCAGGACUGUGAACAGUCUUGAAUUUGCUCAUGGAGAUAAUCGUCUUUUAUCAGGAUCUGAUGAUGGUACUGCCCGUAUUUGGAGAUACAAUUAUUUAAAACAACAAUGGACUUCCAUUACAUUGGUCGUCUCUGAUAAGACACCAGAAUCUGAUUGCAGAGUUACCGCAAUGCGCUGGAGUGCUGAUGAUGCACUUGUUGUACUUGGCGACAAUAAAGGAAAUAUCCGAGUAUAUGAUUCUCAAAAUGGUGAACUCAAGAUUGAAAUUCAUGCUCAUUCAAACGAUCUCUAUGUACUGGAUAUACAUCCUCAUGAUUGGCGUACCAUAAUGUCCGCAGGAUAUGAUGGCAAGAUAUCGAUGUGGGAUAUACAAGAUGGCAGAAAUGUCAAAACAUGGGAUCGUUCGAGUUUAAAUUUUAUCGAUGAAAAUUUAGAUCUCAAGUUCCAUGAUGGCAAAUUCAGAGAUGAUGGCAAGUAA